AUGACAUACUCUGUAGAAAAAGUCAAGAAAUUCAAGGCAAAUCUACAGGAAUCCGUCCUGAUCUGUUCUGAGCGUUGUUUGCUCAAUGCUACUCACUGGACAACAGAAAUCAUCAAUGGAAUCGAGUAUCCUGAUCACGAAAAGGAAUUACUUACGGAUUCAAUAUUUUAUCCUGCCUCACUUGAAACAACAAACUAUGAGUCAAAGUACCCAAGACUGACAGAGCAAGAAUACAAUCGAUACCAAUACGCCAAAUCUGCUUUUCAGAUGAGACAGUAUGAAAAUGCUCAUCAUCUACUCAAAGGCCAUAACGCACCGAGACUGAAAUUCUUGCGACUUUACGCGUUUUAUUUGGCUGGAGAGAAAGGCAAAGCAGAAGAAAUGCUAGACAUCCUUGGCAGUACAGAAAAUCCUCAGGCAGAGAAUAGUGCUAUACCAUUUCUGUAUGAAGAACUACUGAUAGGAUAUGAUAAAGGUGAACUAGACGCAUUCUGUUUAUACCUGCAAUCGACCGUGGUUGAACUAUACAUAAAUAGAUAUGGUGUAGUACUUCGGAAAAGAAAAGAAUAUUUUAAAGCUGCAAAGGUCCUUUUGAGAUCCAUACAUGAAUAUGAAUACAACUGGUCAGCCUGGAUGGAACUCUGUAUGAUAGUUCAAGACGAAACAAUGUUUGAAGAUAUCAAGCAACUGUUAAAUUCAGAUAUGCCAGACUCUAUUAUGAAAGAUUUCUUUCUUGCCAAAGUUUCUCUUCGCCUUCACCUACCAAAACACCAUUUCGAUGAGGCCAUUAAACCUCUGACCGAAUACUUUUCAAACAGUGCUUAUAUAACUACCCAACAUGCAACUGCAUUUUAUGAAGCCAACCAAUAUAAGCAAGCUAGUGAUUUAUUCCAAGACAUUCAAGAAAGACAUCCGUACCGGAUAGAAGGACUUGAACUUUACUCAAAUAUGCUCUUUCUCGAAAGCAAUGCUGAGAAACUAAGCCUACUAGCAGAUCAGUGUAUGCGUGUAGACAAGUACAGAACAGAGACAUGUUGCGUAAUUGCAAACUACUACAAUAUCAGCCGAAACAUUGAUAAAUCUAUUGAGUAUCUCAAGAGGGCUCUAAAGCUGGAUCGUAGUGUUCAUUGGGUCUGGACGCUUCUUGGACAUGAUUAUAUUGAAGUUAAGAACACGGAUGCUGCAAUUGUCUGUUACCGACGUGCUAUUGACGAGAACCCGUCUGAUUACAGAGCUUGGUAUGCUCUUGGACAAACCUAUCAGAUAUUAAACUUGGAUGCUUACGCUGUAUCUUAUUACAACAAAACUCUCGAACUAAGGCAAGUAUCAAAAUUAUAUAUAUAUAUGCGUGUGCCUCAUGAUAUUCGUGUUUGGAAAUGUCUUGUUGAAUGUCAUGACAGACUUGGGAAUAGAGAAAAGCGAGAAUACUGUCACCAGAAAGCCCAGCAAUGCAAGAUAGGUAAACCUUGUGUGGCUGCUAUUGAACUUGCACGGUUGUUUGCCAAAAUGGGUCAACAAGCAAAAGCAGUCAAGAACUAUAUUGAAGAUAUGGAGGGUGAAGUUGCAGAAGCCAAUCUGUUUGUAGCAAGAGACUUUAUUGCCAAAACGGAUUAUAGCUCUGCCGAGAGUUUUAUUGAGCCUGUGCUGAGCAUGUCAUACCCAUACAAUGCUGAGGCAAAGGAACUUCUAAAGGAAUUGGUGGCACUAAAGAUAAACAGAAGGGAUGAGGAGAUGAGAUAA